AUGUCUGAUUCACAGGCUAUCGGCCCCGAGGCCAACGGCAUGUUAGAUCAACGACGUCCGUUUUUUUACCCUGACAGCAGCAGCGACACAGAAGAAUAUCGCAGAGAUACCGAGGAGCGUCGCAAGCGUCUUUCGAAGCGCAACGGACCUGUUAUCCGCGGCAGGAUGCCACCGAAGAACCAGAGUCAGGGUGGGCCCACACCAUCCACCUCCACGCAGGAGCCUCCUCGAAACGGUCAGAAAAGCCAGUUGAUCGACGACAGGAUCACAUUGGUAGUGGAUAAUACAAGAUUUGUAGUUGAUCCGGCUCAGUUUACCGCUCAUCCAAACACCAUGCUUGGGAGAAUGUUCAGCUCUGGCAUAGAGUUCACGCAUCCCAAUGAACGAGGCGAGUACGAAGUGGCCGAAGGUAUAUCGGCGACGGUGUUCCGUGCAAUCUUGGAGUACUAUCGGGGUGGGACAAUCCGUUGUCCUCCUACAGUAUCUGUGCAAGAGUUGCGUGAGGCCUGCGAUUAUCUGCUGGUGCCUUUUGACGCAAACACUGUCAGAUGCCAGAACCUGCGCGGACUCCUGCACGAGCUGUCGAACGAGGGUGCGCGGAGGCAGUUCGAGUCGUUCCUGGAACGGCUCAUCCUUCCGCUGAUGGUGGAGUCGGCGGAGCGCGGGGACCGGGAGUGCCACGUGGUGGUGCUCCUCGACGACGACGCGGUGGACUGGGACGAGCAGUACCCGCCGCAGAUGGGUGACGAGUACAGCCAGACGGUGCUCUCCACGCCCCUCUACAGGUUCUUCAAGUACAUCGAGAACAGGGACGUGGCGAAGCAGGUGAUGAAAGAGCGGGGCCUGAAGAAGAUCCGCCUGGGCGUCGAGGGCUACCCUACGUACAAGGAGAAGGUGCGCAAGCGGCCCGGGGGCAGGCCCGAGGUGAUCUACAACUACGUGCAGCGGCCGUUCAUCCACAUGUCGUGGGAGAAGGAGGAGGCCAAGUCGCGGCACGUGGACUUCCAGUGCUUCAAGUCCAAGUCGGUGACGAACCUGGCCGAGGCGACCGCCGACCCCGCCAUCGAGCUGGAGCCGAACAGGCUUCGCGAGGAGGAGCCCCCGGAACCACCUCCGGACGUGGCCCCGGAGGAGGAAGCCCAG